AUGCCUCCGAGCAGCGGCGCAAAUCAAAUGGCCCAGUACGCCAAGAAUGCGUCUCUGAACUCAGGCGUUCCAAACGAAAACGACGAUCAGUCGAAACAGCAGCGUUCCGACACGCCUCAGUUCUUUACCCAUCACACCCGUCAGGCAAUCACCGAGUCCGCCAAGCUGCCUGCUCCGAAGCCACUCGCACCUGCUAGAGCUCUAGCUUCACAUAUUCGCCGACCAAAUCAGUCUGGCCUUGGCCUGCCUCAACCACCACUUCCCGCACCGAUGCACGCUCCUCCCGACCUGCCGGAUAGCUCCCCGCCGAGACAACAGCGGCAGCGGACCAAUUCGCGAACCAGCGAUGCGACCGGGUUCUGGCCAGAGUCUCAAAUCGACAGCCAGUUCGGUUCACCUACUACCCAUCGCUCUGAGCGAUUCGAUGUUGGCAUCGGCAACCGUCUUCGCUCCCCUCCGCCCGCCAUGCCUAUGACCUCCUCAAUGCCCAACAUGCCUAUAUUUGGGAACAUGCAACAGUCGCUAGAAGGCGAUAUACCAUACAUCAUAGGAAAAGACGGCUCGAUGCGUUUGCUUGGCAAUGGCCAAGGACAAGACCUCCCGGUUAUGCAUAACGGCAUGCUUCCCUCACAGAUGGAGGAACAAGCCCAAGACGCCUACUCGAGUGAGCCUAUUUACGAUACGCCUGGGCGGCGCGCACCCAAGAUUACCCUUCAUGCCACAACCGUGAGAAGGUCGUACGAACCCUCCGCUUUUAAGGACGGCGAGGGAGUCUUUGCUGAUUCCCCCACCCGCAAGGCUCCGCGUCCUCAACAAAACUUGAAGCGCAUUGUCAGAAAUGACCAGGCCCAGGAGUCCCAACGACCAGCGCUCUUUCAGGAAGAUGAAGAGGUUGAAGGUAGUCUGGCAAGUGACUAUCCUGUCAGCGAGGGCGAUCACGGUACUCCUCGAGCCAAGGGUACCAAUGUGGUACCAAAAGAGCGAACCCUUCAAGAGAGCCCAUUGCCAGCCACGACCCGCGAUCAACGGGAUAAGUCCCGGAAGCGACGCCGUAACAGCUGCGACUAUGCUGACGACGAGCUCCAAGGAAUGACGUACUCCCAACUGCGCGAGCAGCCCUUCGACGAUGAUCCGGCCAAAACGUCACUUCGGCCCGUUGGGCCGUUGACUGAUGACAGCCUCCCUGUCAAACUCGAACAUUUCAAGGGUCAGCGCGAAGCCGACCAGAAGGAAUUCUUUAAGCAGAUGACGGUUAGCGAUUGGGAGCGCUCGGGCGACUGGUUCCUCGACCAGUUUAGCCAGGUCGCUCAGAAGCUGAAGGAAGCCCGCAAGAACAAACGGGACAUGGUCGACCGCUUCGAAAGCGAGAUAGCAAGCAGGGAAGAGGCCGUUCGCGUCCGGACCGAGAAUAUUACCAAGAAGCUCAACAAAAUUAAGCACAAGGGCGAAGAUAUGCUUGCCGACAAGGACGUUUAA